AUGGUGAAGCAGAGGACCUCGCAGUUCCCAGGUUGUAAGUCGGCGGCUUCAUUGUCCUCAACUCUGAUCCUCGUGCUGCUCAUCAUGUUCUCUUUCGUUGUUCUGAUCCUUCUCGCCCUCGGGAUUCUUUUGAUGCCCGGCAGCUCCUCUGGCUACAGGCCAAAAGCGAACGAUCUGGCCUUAAUCGUAGGGAAUACUGUUGAUAGGAGUAAGGGGGAUGAAGGUCGAAGGGAGCAGUUGGUGGAGGUCAUAUCAUGGAAGCCAAGAGCUUUUGCAUAUCACAGCUUUUUGUGGAGACGAAAGGGUGCUUCAGCUUUACUCGUGAGCCCACCAGAUGCAUGGGUCUCCAUGGAACAUCACAAGCCACUCUCUGUCAACAUUCUGCGCAUUCUUUUUGAUGAAUGA